GAUAGCAUCAUGAACAAACGUAGUUUCGAUAUACGCCUCUUGGAUAACGCUAGUGGCGCGGCGUUGUGGCAGAUUUAGGCAACUCGUGGGCGUUUUGCGUGCGAUCAGCCGUACGGAUCACGUUUAAAAAGUGCUCUCAAACAGGAAAAAAAUGGGUGGUACGAGGUACUGUUGUGUUGUGGGGUGUAAAAAUUCCCAAUCUCGGAAUCGUGAAUUAACUUUUUAUUCGUUUCCGAAACGGAGUUGGGAAGUUGAAAAAAGAAAUAAGUGGAUAAAAGCUGUCAGAAGAAUGUGAGUAAAUAUUAUUAUUAUGACGAUUUGAUACCAGGAACGUUUUGAAAAUAUUCAAACUCCAAAUUUUCUGUACGUGUAUUGUAUGUUAUAUUUUUAUUAGUACAUUAGAUAACAAGACGUGGCACCCGAGUACGAACACUCGCAUCUGCAGUGCUCAUUUUGUUGGAGGCAAGCAAUCCAACGUCGAAAACAGCCCAGCGUAUGUGCCGACAAUUUUCCCCGCUGUGUACAAAAAAAAGAGAGAAAUCACAACUGGACCUAGCUAGACACGAACGACUUCUGAAAAGAAAAGAAAGAAUGAGCACAUCAACAGCUGCAAAACCGCAAGAAAAGGAAAAUAUCGCAAGUGACAUUGAAAUGGGAUUAAAUGAAACUCCGACGGAAGCUGGCAGUACGUGCAUUGCUUGUCAAACUGAUGCGUGUGACAACGAAGGAGCCAGUGCAGAAGGGAAUACUUUCUGGAGUUGGAAUAAUGAUAAAAAUGAAGCUUCCACGCAGACGAAUAUUUACAUUGGGAAGCCAAAUAAAAACGAGCGAAUCAUAGUGAAAGAGCUGAAAACCGUUGCCGACAAGUCAUGUGGUCCUGACGAUAUUUUUCAUUACGGUUUCUCAGGAUUCUCUGAUAUUGGUUCAAACAAAACUAUGUUGCAGUUAGGCGGGGUUUCAUUAAUUUUUUUCAAUGUGUUGCUCAACUUGAUUACUGUGAAAACAGAUGGCCAACCAGCUUACUACCGGGUAUUGAAUAAACAAAAUAGAUUAUUACUUUUUUUAAUGAAAAUGAAAUUGGGUAUUUCUUUUUCUGGUCUAGCUUGCUUUUUUAAGAUACACGAAUCAACUGCUUCUCAAAUCUUCUUCGAAAUCUUGACUACGUUGACUGAGAAGACAAAGACUUGGAUUUUUUGGCCAUCGAGAGAAAGCAUAAAAAAAAAUUUACCAAUUGGUUUCAAAAAAUAUCCGAAUUGCAGAUGCAUAAUCGAUUGCACGGAAAUAUUUACUGAAACUCCCCCUACUGUGGAACAACGCGUUCUCAUGUACUCCAACUACAAGUCACGUUUUACCGUCAAAUAUUUGAUCGCUAUUACGCCCGAUGGUUUCGUUUGUAAAUUAUCAAAAGGGUAUGGCGGAAGAGCUACAGAUAGUUUUAUAACGAAUGACUGUGGACUUUUAUCGUGCAUAGAACCGGGUGAUACGGUUUUAGCCGACAAAGGUUUCCCUCAGAUAAAAUCUGAACUGCUCAAACGCAAUGCCCUCUUGGUGAUACCUCCGUUUGCGUUCGAUCCACAGUUUACAAACUCCGAAAUAGAUGAAACGUACAAAAUCGCUUCAGUUAGAAUACAUGUAGAACGUGCUAUUCAAAGGAUAAAACUCUGCAAUAUUUUGAAAUUAAUUCCCAUUUCACUCUUACCGUAUCUUGAUGCGAUUAUGCACAUGUGCUGCGUUAUUGCCAAUAGCAAGCCACCACUUAUAAAAAAUCCUGAAGCGGCCAAUUCAGCAACACAAAUGAGUGCGUAGUUGGCUUUCAGGAAUUUUUGGAAGUUUUGAUUUAUAAAGAAGGAAAGAACUGCGUACGUGAAACAAAUAUGUUUAUAUAUAAAAAUACUGAAGCAGAUACAAGUGUAUUAUUCUAUUCAAUGCCUAGAAUAAUAGUGGAAGAUAAUGUUGAAAAUAAAACCACUCAAUUUUGGGAAUUAACUCUUCCAAAAAAUGUUCAUCCCUUUCAACUAUGACCUCUACGUUAUCGUGACUCGAGUAAACAAAGAAAUGACAUUUUUUAAGGUUGAGUAUAUACAUUGAUACCUGAAUUUGUGUAUAAUAUUUGUCGCUUUUCUUCAAAUAAAUUUCAUUAUUGUCGUCUAUUUCCAAAUACGGGACAUUCGAAACUUUAUCGUCACGGUUCACGAUUUGCUGAUUCUUACAGGUAAAUGGGCAUUUGAUUUCCAAUAAAGUUGAUUCGCUUAAUAUUAUUCCGUCGGGGCUCGUGGCCAUAAACGGUUGGGUAAUAUUUAUAAUUAAUCCAACUGAAGUUACUUUUAAGCCAGUUUGUUCUUCGAAACACUUUCUUGCAUGCGGCUCGGUUGCAAGACCAUACUUCAUGGCUUCUGUCAUCUUGCCAUCAAAUUUUUUAUUUUUUAAUUGUGCCGCCAAAGAUUCGAAUGCGUCUCGCCUCGUUUUUAUGCGGUGAGCCUUGCUGGAGCAUGUUACCCGUUUUGCUCUUUCUUUAAACCAUUCGAAGCAAUCGGAUUGACUUUCCGAUAGUACGCUGAUGCUCAAACACUCACUCCUGCUUGCUACAAUCUUUUCUUCAUAUUUCGAUCGCAGCUCACGAGGACACGUAUAUUUUUGAAGUCGCAUUUUCAAAUCAUCGAGUGACGAAACUUCAUAGCAGCUGUAAUCUCGUCUCGACUCUUGUAAUCUAUAAAUUUUGUCCAUAUUUGUAUAUGCUUCUUCUUUUCUUUUUUUCUCUUCUUCUCUUGCAAUUUCUCUUAGCGGUUCAAUAUCUUUCUCCGAUUCUAUGUACUGGCCAAACAAUGAACUUGCUGUCUCAUACGGUACAUUUUGGACGUCGUUGAAUGUAUACGUUGCAUUACAAUCAAUCAGAUGUUCCUUACCUGGGAACAUUUGAGCGAUAGUGCAACCUUUUUUAUAUUUUUCCACUUGACUUUCUCGAGGCUGAUUCCAACAUUGCGGUUGAUCAGUUUUCGAUUGCGUACAUUCAUUAUUUAUAAAAAUGCAGACCGCUGCUACAUGUUUGCAACCUCGAACCGAUAAACCCGCCUUGCAAGUGCAUUCUGUCCUUCGUACCGUACGAUCUGGGUUCACCUAAAAACAAUCAGUUCCUAUAGGGAAAAAAACGGGAAGAGCGGGAAAAAGCACACAAAAAAAUUACACGAACGUGUAUGUACACACAGGAAUUGCGAAACAAAAUAUGCAGCAUUCAAAAUUCAUUAUUGUGUUGACGGUAUUACAUGUUUUCAAGCAAUACACGCACCAAAACCAGCACAAAAAAAAUCGAAACCAACAUGCAGAAUGUUAAUCAUGAUUAAUUAUAAAUCUGACAUUUUUUAGAG